AAGCAUACAGCACAGUUUUAUUUUUGAACGAUAGGUAUCUCGCAAAGCGUUGCCUGUCUUUUCUUUUAGUCCCAUCUUCCGUUGUGUGGGAUCCAAACGUGCUAGCGAGGAGCGUCUAGUGAAAAAAUCAAGCCCUAUCGAUUCCGAUGUAUCUAACCCGGACAAGUUACAGUGCACCUUGGGAACGAUUUCCCAUCGAUCGUGAUGAGCUUCCGAUUCGCUCAGCGCACACGUGGGUCCAAUGGUCGGCAGACUCUGCUGUCCAACCGCCGAAUGCGGUGAGAGCAGGGGCCGAUCAUGACGGAUCUCCGAUAUACGUCGGACGUGCCAGUCACUAUGGGGACAUGCUUCCGGCCAAAGUUAUUCCACUUCGUAGAGUGGCAUAUGUAACCUAUAAUGGCCUGGAACUUUCCAAGCCGCAUUUUGAGGUCCUAUGUGGGCUAGGUUUCACUUGGGUUCCAUGUGAGAAUGGAAACCUUCCGAAGGGAGCAGUCCUGUGCGGUAAAACAGCAUACGGCGAAGAGCUGUACAUUGGAAGAGCCCAUCAUAAUGGAAGUGUAACGCCGGGGAAGAUUAUAAGUAGUCAUGGAUGUCUGUACAUUGGGUUUGAUGGAGUUGAACAUGCCCAUCCCAAAUAUGAAGUGUUGGUUAAUUCCAGAGAAUCUCAGAAACAGAGUGUCGGAGGACAUUGGGUAUCAGCCCAAAGCAACGGACGUGUCCCGCCAGGCGCCCUUCUGGCUGGAAAGGACAGCGAUGGAGCAUCUAUCUACUUGGGUCGAGUAUACAGAUUUGGUCUACAUCUGCCGGCCAAGGUUAUUCCUAGCAAACGAAUGUGCCACACGGGCGACGAGGGGCUGGAAUUUGAGAUGACCGAAUACGAAGCCUUGUGUAACGCAAAUGUGUCGUGGGUUCCUUUCCGAGGAGUUUAUCCACUAAAUGCUAUCGAAUGCGGACGGGAUCGUUAUGGCGAGAAAUUAUACUUUGGACGUGGUUAUUACGAGGGAAGCUUGACUCCAGGCAAGAUUCUGGAAUGCAGUAAAAUCUUGAAAAUACCAUAUCUAUUCAAAGAAAUUGUUUUGAGGGAAUUCGAUAUAUUGGUGGACAACAGUCUGCCAACUACAAGGUGUAUCCAAGCAUUGGACUGGCAGCCAAGUGAUAAAAAUUCUUCGGUCCCAAGAGGCGCGGUUCUGGCUGGCUACGAUAAGGAUGGAUCGCCUAUCUUCGUGGGAAGAGUCACGUACCAAGGCAACCAACUUCCGGCUAAGGUGAUUCCACGCAAGAAGCUCUGCCAUACCAGCCAUAAGGGGAGAGAAAUCGAAAUGACAUCCUACGAGGCGCUCUGCAAUUCACGUGUUGCCUGGGUUCCGUUCAGUGGUACUAUUCCGGCGAAGGCGGUCGUUUGCGGUCGAACCAUGUGGGGCGAAACGAUUUACAUCGGACGCGGACACCACAAGGGAAGUCUAACGCCGGGAAAAGUGUUGGAACACGAACGGGUGCUCAAGAUUCCUUUUGGGUGGAACGAGCUUACCAUUAGUGACUUUGAAAUACUUGUUGAACUUUAGAUAUCAAUGUAUUUUUUUUUAUUUGUUUAUAACAAUCAUGUCAACAGAAUAAAGUUGGAACUUGUUGCAU